UGUAUGUAAUUAGUUAGUUAGUAUUAGUUAGUUGUUAGCUUAGUGUGACAGCUCACUGCCAGCUGUAAAGUUGGUUACUAAAUACUUUGUAAUCUUCCUCAUAUGCUCACAAUGGAAGUGAGUUGAGCAAUUUUCCAGAAACUGAUUUCUUCCUCCAUUCUUCUCUCCUUCUUUGCUCAUAUGAGUUAAGCUUAAGGAUCAACCUCCAGUAUAUGGAAUGAAGGAUUCUCUCAACAUGGUAUCAGAGCUAGGUUCGGUCGAUCGGUAAUCCCCAUUUUUCUCGUUCAUUUUACAGUCAUAAUGUCGGUAUCAAAGUGUAUUUCAAAAUGGAGAUCAACUUUACCUAAGUGUUGCAGAGUUCGGUCAGUUCUUUAGUUGGUUGUGGUGUGUAUGCUUUGAGCACAUUCAAUUCCCUUUUUCUUUUGUAAUACGCAUUUUGUCGAACACCUUAUCUCCUAAUCUCAAAAAUUGGCUUCGAUGGCCACGACAAGUAGCGAACCAUCAAAUACUGGUGCUACAGGUGCGAUAGGUGUUAGCAAUGGAGUUUUUGUUGAAGGCGAUAUCAGUUCUCUCUUUUAUAUGCAUCCUUCUGAUAAUCCGGGUGCUGUGUUGGUAACUACACCCUUUGAUGGAGUAGGAUAUGGAUCGUUGAAGAGAGGUGUGCUGACAGCUCUUUCAGCUAAGAACAAAAUAGGCUUUGUCAAUGGUGAGUGCAGGAAUCCAGAUCCAGGGACAUCGCGAUAUCGUCAAUGGGAAAGGUGUGACAAUAUGGUCACAUCAUGGAUUUUGGAUUCCUUGGUCAAGGAAAUCACGGAUAGCGUGGAGUAUGUAAGCAGUUCCUUUGAAUUGUGGAAGGAAUUGGAUAAUCGAUACGAUCAGACCAAUGGGGCAAAACUUUACCAAGUUCAGAGGGAGUUAAGUGAGUUAUCACAAGGUACAUUGGAUAUCACUGCCUACUACACAAAGAUGAAAAAGUUAUGGGAAGAGCUAAACUCUUUACAGACGAAUACUAAGUGUAGCUGUGAUUGCACUUGUGGUGCUAAGGAGCACCUUUAUAAAGCAGAACAAGACAGAAAAUUGGUUCAGUUUCUCAUGGGAUUAAACGAAGCCUAUACGGCAGUUAGGGGGAACAUCCUCAUGAUGAACCCACUGCCAACAUUGGCACAAACUUUUUCGCUGUUAGUGCGAGAGGAGAGACAAAGAGAGAUUAAGCCAAGUAAUCAGUCUUUUAUGGACUCCACCUCCCUUAGCGCAAGCAGUUCAACUAGAGUAAAAUUUGAAUCUGCCGAAUUCAGUGCAAGUGAAAGUGGUUAAAAGGGAGGAAACAACUCAAAAACUCCCAAAGCUGGGUACUCCUCAGGAAACACUGGUUACUCAUCUGGAGGUGGUAAUUUUAGAACAAAUUAUAGUCAACAUAUUGGUUACAGUGGAAAUAGGUCACAUACCAUAUGUGAUUAUUAUAAGAGGCCCGGUCAUACUAAAGAUAAAUGUUAUAAGUUGCAUGGGUAUCCACAGGGAAGUCAACAAGACACAUGUAAUAGUUUUCAUACUUUUCAAGGUAGCUAUCAGAACAACAAUCAGAACUAUAAGAACAACAAAGGAAAAGGUCUCAUGGUUGAUAUGCAUGGCCCCAUUUCUAACAUGGGAUCUGCAAGCAGGGUAGAACAUGGAAAUGAAGACAAUAUGAGCUUGACAAAAGAACAAUAUGGACAUAUUUUGAAUCUUCUGCAAUAAUUCCAGUCUGGAUCCCAUGUAGAAGGUGUUAACGGCAACAAUGUUGAUCAUGUGAAUGGCAAAGCUAGCCUUGCAGGCCCCUUCAAUGAAGAGGACUCUGGAGAUUGGUGAGGCCAAGGAUAGACUCUAAUUACUUUGUCCCAAAUAUUUGAAGAAGAACAACAACAAUUCAACUUCAAACUGUACAAUUCAAGAUGCUUUCCCAAACUCUAGAUUUCAAAAGUCUUUGGAUAAGUCUAGUUUUUCUAACACAUACAGUCAUAGAGCAUAUUGUCACGUCCAUUCUACUGUAAAUAGCAAUAUAGACACAAAUAAGUGUUCUUAUCAACCUAUUGUAAAAAAUCCUAGUUUAGUGAAUAAAAGUCAGUUGUCUUUUUCUGCU